CUGCCGUUCUUUUCAUCCUAAAAUAAUUUUCUCUUCACUUCUCCCGGUCUCGGCCAAAGCUUCAAUCAGAUUUUUUGCCUCUGCAUCUUUUAUCAACUAGCUAGCUUAUCUCACCAGCAAGCAAGUUACAAGAAAAAUGGCGACAAUUGCAAGCAGACUCGACCAGCUGUUCCUAAUCCUCUUUGCCCUUCUACUACCACUCUCUUUCUCUGUCAAUGCCUCCCUUGCAGAAGGAGGACGCAAAGCGGAAGUUUCAGGCAACGACACUCUUGUGUAUCCAACCUUUGUUACCAUUGAUGACGGGGCAGUGUGUUUGAGUGGGAAACCAGCCUCGUACUACUUCCUUCCAGGAUAUGGCGAUGGACUGAGAAAUUGGCUUCUAUUUCUCAAUGGAGGAGGAUGGUGCAAAAAUAUCAGUGAUUGCAGAACUUAUAUUCAUAGGAAAGGUCUUGAUAACGAUGCCGUUCCAAUUGCUUUUCGCGAUGAUACAAUAUUCAGCAACAACAGCGACAAAAACCCAGAAUUUUACAAUUGGAACAAAGUCUGGGUUAGGUAUUGUGACGGCUCAUCGUUCACAGGAAACUCUCAGAAAACAAAAAACGGCACAACCUAUUACUUUAGGGGAGCCAGGAUUUUCAAUGCAGUGAUACAAGAACUGCUAGGCAAAGGAAUGGACAGGGCAGAGAAUGUUCUUUUACUUGGUAGUUCAGCCGGAGGAGUUGCUACUGCCAUCUACUGUGAUAGAUUUCGUGGCUUUCUCCCCUCUGCUUUUCGGGUGAAGUGCUUCUCAGAUGGAGGAUAUUUUUUCCUUUCGAAUCAUCACAUCAAAGGAAACCAAUUUCUAUCAUUCUUUAAAGGGUUGAUUAAUUUGCAUGGAUCCACUGACGCUUUGCCCAAAUCCUGCACUUCCAAACUCACUGCGGCAUUGUGUUUCUUUCCACCAAAUUUGAAAGAUGGCAUCUAUACCCCUAUAUUUUUUCUAAACUCUGCAUUUGAUCUGGUUCAGAUCAAUUAUACGUUGUCAAUUGAGUAUGCCGAUUGUGCAAACCACAGGAAUUGCUCUUCAAGACAAGUGAGAGUCCUACAAGACUUAUAAUCAGCUUUUAAGAGACUGGUAUUUUGACCGAAAACGAGUACAAAUAAUUGACCAGAAUCCCUGCCCGGACGUCGAUUGCACACGGCCACCAUAUUAGUUGAAUUAUUUAGCUUUUCAACUUUUUAUCACUUAUUAGAAAUCUAUAUCGGAAAUUGUCCUAAAUAGGUCUAAUGAGUUCCUAAAAAGCACAAAUAGGACUACUACUUUUUAAAUUCCCUAAAUAGGACUAAACAUUGAUUUUCUACCCUAAAUACCCCUAAGAGUAUUAAUUCAUAAUGAAAUGCUUUAAUUCAUAAUAAAAUCAUAAAAAACACAAAAAAAUAUUUAAAAAACGUAAAAAAUAUUUAAAAAGCGUACAAAAAUUAUAAAAAAAUUAUAAAACAUUUAUAAAUAAAAAAAAUUAUUUUUUAUUUUUUUUAAUUUUUUUUUUAAAUAAUAAAAAAUAGUAAAAACCCAUAAAAAAUGAAAAACAUUAUGGAUACCUUUCCCACCGCCUCCCGCCGCCUCCUAGCACCACCACCUCCGAUUGGUGAAAUUUCUUCCACUUUUGGUAAAAAAAUGCCAUCUCUUUCUGAAAAUGCCAAAAAGAUGGCAUAAUUACUCUUCAAUAUGCCAACAUUUUCAUUGAAUAUGCCAUCAUUAUGGCAUUAUUUAAAAUGUUGGCAUUUUUUUCUCCGGUGAUGGGAGCUGGUCGUGCUGGGGGUGGCAGGGGUGGUAAUGUUUUUUUUUAAUUUUACGAUUUUUUUUAUUUUUUUUUAAAUAUUUUUUUUUAAUUUUUUUAAUAAUUAUUUUUAUUAAUUUUCUAUUAUCUUUUUACGAUUUUUAGUAUUUUUUUCGAUUUUUAUUAUUUUUAUAUGAUUUUAUUAUUAAUUAAAACAUUUUACAAGUUACAAGGGUAUAUUUGUCCAAACACACAUAAAUAGUCCUAUUAAGGGAAUUUAAAAAAUGUAGUCCUAUUUGUGCAAUUUUGCCACUUUUUAGUCCUAUUUAGGAAAUUCACUCAAUCUAUAUAUAUAUAAAAAUGAAGUUCGUAUGGAAAAACUUGUUCCCGCCUGUUAACAACAUGUUUAAACAAUAAACACACAUUACACAUGCAUGUGUACACCGCUGGCUUAGUGGAUUUGUGU